UAUAUAUUCCCUUCCUCUAUCUUAUCCCCCUUUUGUCAGCCCUAUAGACACUUGAUAGGGAAUGGGAUGUAAAACUUUGUUCACUUAUACCUAAACUUUGGGUUGGAAUGAUCUUUGAUCUUUUUGAUAUUUUGAACUAAACACUAAAUACUAUCAUGGCUUUUACUAUAUUGUUGCUUGUCGGUGCAACGGUUUCGUAUUUCUUAUUCAAUAUAGUUUCAGGGCUUCGAGCUAACAUCGCUGCCGCGAAACAAUCCGGUUUCCCCUAUUAUAUCGUCCCCAUUAGUCCAUGGAACCAAAUUGGACAGUUAACAAAUGCCGUUUGGGUUCCCUUGUUUAAACUUUUGCCGCGCAAGUGUUGGCAGGACAUUGAACCUAUCUUGAAUCCCAAUUGGCAAUACCGAGAUAACCAUAAGAUAUUUGCUGCUAUCGGUGAUACCUUCAUGAUUAUCUCCCCCGGUAGAAUUAUAUGUUACACGGAAAACGCUGAGGCAAUCCACCAGAUCACCUCUAAAAGGGAAGCGUUCUCCAAGCCUACAGAAGUCUAUGCUAUCCUCGGGCAAUAUGGCCAAAAUGUAUUAACUCUAGAAGGCGCCUCUUGGCGCAUGCACCGCAAAAUCACCUCUGCCUCUUUCAAUGAAAAAAAUGCCGCCAUGGUGUUUACGGAGUCCAUUAACCAGACCCAAGGCCUAAUUAACAUGUGGCUCGGCGCCGAUGGUUUGGGCAACAAGACGUUCAAGUCAACCGAACGGGACACGGCCUCGCUCACGCUAAAAAUUAUCGCUAACAUUGGCUUUGGCCUCAAAAUUCUCUGGCCUGGUCAAAAGUUCCCUCCAGGUACCGAUCCGAGAUUGGCUAAGUAUGGAACGCAGGAUCCUCCCAAAGGGUUCUCGAUGAGUUUUGGAGAUGCACUAGCGCAGACUCUCGAUUAUCUCAUCUUGCUUCUCAUCACGCCGAAAUGGAUUCUAAGAAUUAUUCCCAGCAAGAAAGCGAACAAGGCAGUGGAGGCAGAGAGCAACCUCGUUCGGUACUUCAACGAAUUUUUGCGAGAGAAGAUUGAAGAUGUGCAGAAAGAGUCCAACACAGAAGGACUGGACAUAAUGGGCUCUUUAGUUCGCUCAAGCUACGGAAACAAGGUGACUAAUGGUUCAGCAACUAAAGGGUCUAGCAAAAAGGAGUCGCAAACUGCUCAUUUAUCGGACUCUGAUAUUAUUGGCAACGCUUUCAUAAACAUUGUAGCAGGCCACGAAACCACGGCCAACAUUCUUCACUUCGCCCUCAUCGAGCUGGCCACCAAUCCAGGCUCGCAAAGGCGUCUACAACGGGAUGUCGAUAACAUUGUAGGUGAUAAGGAUCCGAACGAGUGGGAUUACGAGUCGAGCAUCAGCUCUUUACAGGGAUCGAUGGUGGGAGCGGCCAUAAAUGAGACUUUGCGCCUGGUCCCACCGGUUGUCGAUAUUCCCAAGAGAGUAUCUCCGGCGCAAGAUCAGCUGAUCACCAUCGACGGAGUACAGCAUUUGCUCCCUCGCAACUCAGUAAUUGGCAUGGCGGUCGUGGCCUCGCAACGCAGUCCAAGAUACUGGCCGACUAAGCCGAGUAAGGUCAGCGACGCUGAGACGGACGUGGAUGAUUUUGUGCCCGAACGGUGGCUUCACACUGAGGCGACCAAGAACGAGACCACCGCCGUCGAAGACGCAGAUACGGAGGAUUUUGGGGGUUAUGCGGGGUCCGACACCAGCGCACAGCUAUACCGGCCGGAACGGGGCGCCUUCAUCCCAUUCUCGGACGGUGCGAGAGCGUGUCUCGGCCGACGCAUCGCCAUCGUGGAGCUGGUGUCGGUGCUGGCGGUUAUUUUCCAGAAUUACAGCAUUGAGCUCGCGGUAGAUGAGUGGGCGAGUGAUGACAAGGUUGCUGGAAUGAGCGAAGACGAGAAAGCGGGACUGUACAAGACGGCACAGAAGAAGUCAAGGGAGACCGUCAAAGAGGCUACGAGUUUGCUCACAUUGAAGCUACACGGUGAUAGACAUGUUCCUCUCAGGCUAGUGAGGAGAGGCGAUGAGCGAUUUGUCAAUUGGAUUGAAUGAUGAGAUAUCCUUGGACAACAUGUAAAAACGAAUUAUUGCUGGGUACCUGUCUAUAUUGCCCAGCUGUAUUAUUUGGUAUAGGUAUGGCUAAACAUGAAAAGGGGGCAUAUCAGGGAGACCAAGACCAUUUAUAUAUCACGAUUUAGCUAUUACGAAUUCGUGUCGAACUCCAUGUCGGCAACGACAAAUUCAUGCAAGGUACAUGUACCUACAUUCUACAUACAUAAU